AUUCCGAACAAUCCAACCCCACGGAUCAAACAUGCAAGAUGGUCUCAUAUCCCGUGCGGGAGCCACUAUCUAUAACGAUGCCUAUUCCCGUCAAGGGGCAGCCAACUACAACCGUACGCUGGACGGUACGGGUCAAUACUCUCCUUCGAAAUCUUGUGCCCAUCUUACCCGCCAACCGCCAUCGCCUCAACACACACCCAACGGUGACUUUAAGCUGUGCGGAUACGACGGCGCGACGAACUCCUGCGGUCCACUUGGCGACGAAUGUGUACCGAAUUCUGUCGGCAGCACGCUGACUGGUGCGUCUGCCAGCAAGGCGGACCUGUUCGGUGUGUUUGAGUUUUGGUUAAGAUUACGGUACGAUCUGACGGCGGUACGACCGUGGGAACAGUUAAAAUCGGUCCAGCUAAAAAAUCCACGUGCUGCACCAGGCUGUGCGUACAUUCCAACAAAGGUUGAACAUAUCGCCAACAUAAUCACUCACGGCACCUGGGUCUUACCGUCGAUGUAUGCUGCGCUAAAUCUGUACGAUCGUAGCCACACACCAGCCCAAACACUGGCCGCCGUUAUCUAUGGGGCUGCCCUAUCGAUGCUAUUCUUCGUGUCGACCUGCUUCCACUGUGUCUGCUACUGUAAUCACAAUCGUCCGCUAAAGGAUGCGCUGCAUCGAUGCGAUCGUGCCAUGAUCUACAUCUUCAUUGCCGGUUCGUACUAUCCGUGGCUUAGUCUGGGUCAUACGACCCAUCCACAGAUUGUGUCGGUGGUGAAAUGGAGUGUUUGGGUGAUGGCAUUGCUGGGCAUUGUCUACCAGCAGAUGUACCACGAACGAUACAAGUGCUUGGAAACGUUCUUUUACGUUGUGAUCGGACUCGGCCCAUCGAUGGUGAUCGUGCUCUGGGGCCACGAAUUUACUGGAAUGUCGGAGCUUAAGUUUGGCGGAAUACUGUACAUUAUAGGUAUCGUGUUCUUUAAAUCGGACGGGUUUUUCCCGUUUGCACACGCAAUCUGGCAUCUGUUCGUGGUGUUUGCUGCGUCGGUGCAUUACUUUGCCAUCAUGACACACCUGUUUCCGGACGGGACGAGCGGAAUCAGCGUGUCUUCGGUGGCUGGGGCGGUGACUGGUUAA